GGAGCGGCCCACAGUUAGUCAUAGUGUCAAAGUCCAACCUGAGAGCUGCUUCACCUGAGAACAUAUUUUAAAUCAUGUGUCAGACUUCACAGUUGUCACCUUGUGUUUUUACUCUGAUCUGAUGCUGACGGUGAUGUUGACAUGUUACAGGACAGACGGAGACACAGAGCCUUGUGACGUCAGCAGAGACCCUCAGUGAAGCAACACUGACACAUGUGAAUUAGUCUCUGAUGUUUUCACUGGAGUACAGCAUGGCGACUGCACCAUCAGAUGAUGAGAAUGAUUUGGAUCACCCGACAUGCAGCAGCCCUGACUCUGAGCGUCCUCUCUUCAAAGAUGAACAUCAGCCACUGAAACACAGCAGGAGCUAUGAAUUUCUGCCACCUGACUUGUCUGAGCUGAGGGUUGUUCUGCUGGGGAACAGCUGGUCUCAGAGGAGUUCAGUGGGGAACUUCAUACUGGGAGAGACUAAGUUCAACACUGUUGAAGAACCAGACUGCUGUCUGAUAGUUAGUUGACAGAUAAAGGAUAAAGAAAUAGUUCUGAUCAACACUCCAGAUCUGCUGCAUCUCAACAUCUCUGUAUACAAACUGUCAGAACAUGUAGAAGACUGUGUGAGACUCUCUGCUCCUGGACCUCAUGUGUUCCUGCUGGUUCUACAGCCUGAAGACUUCACUGAGGAACACAAACUGAGACUCUGCAGAGUCCUGAAACUCUUCAGUGAUCAAUCAUUUGAUCAUUCAUUGAUACUGAUUUCAACACCCAGAGAGGAGAGCUCAGGUUUCAAAGAUGAACCAGACCAGCCCUUAAAAGACAUGAUCAGUAUGUGUAGAUACAGAUACCUGAAGCAGAAGAACCUUGAACGUCCAGAGCUGUUAACACGAUUGGGUCAAAUUGUAAAAGAGAACUAUGGAGAACACAUGAGCUGUGAUGUGUCUGACGAUGUAACACAAAGUUUACCUUGUGAUCAAGAAAGCCUUAAAAAACCAGAAGACGUCGGUUAUAAAUUGGAUCCUACAAAAGCUGCUGUUAUCAGAAAAACAACCUCGUCCCACCAGUCAAAGGAACUAAGGAUUGUGAUGUUUGGAACGGAGGUCAAAAAGAAGACACUAUGCAACUUCAUCGUUGGAAGCAAACAAAUCCAACGUAAAAUAAACACCAAAAAGCAAUGUGAGGUCGCCUUUGGAGAGUGGAGAGGAAAGCCUUUUAAAGUUGUGAAAACUCCUUACAUGUUCAGUCUGUCUGUGGAAGCCUUUAGAGAAGAGAUGAGAAGCUGUGUAAGUCUUUGUCAUCCUGGACCAAAUGUUCUGCUGCUGUUAGUGAAUCUUUCUGAGUUCAUUGAGAAGAACAGACAAACACUGAAGUUCAUCCUGAGUCUGUUUGAUCAAGAUGCCUUCAAACACUCGAUGGUCAUCAUUACACAUGAGGAGAUUAAUGCAAGCCCUGCUGUCAGUCAGCUCCUUAAAGACUGUGGAGGGAGACACUACAACAUGUUUUAAUUUUAUCUCUUUCUGUUAAUGGAUAAGAUUGAGAACAUUGUGUUUGAAAACAAAGAAUCCUUCCUCACCUUCACUGAAGAGCCCAUCAGACCAAAGUCUGAACCCUUCAGAGCAGCUUUAAACCUGGUCCUGUGUGGGAGGAGAGGAGCAGGGAAGACUUCAGCAGCCAAGGCCAUUUUAGGUCAUACAGAGCUUCAUUCAGUCUCCAGCUCAUCAUAGUGUGUUAAACAUCAGGGAGAGGUGUGUGGACGUUGGGUUUCCCUGGUGGAGCUGCCUGCCUUGUAUGGAAAACCUCAGGUGGCAGUGAUGGAGGAAUCAUUCAGGUGUAUCUCCCUCUGUGAUCCUGAGGGCGUCCAUGCCUUCAUCCUGGUCCUACCUGUGCGUCCCCUCACUGAUGAAGACAAGGGAGAGUUAGAGACCAUCUGGUACACAUUCAGCUCUCUUGUCAUUGACUUCACCUUGAUCCUGUUCACUGUGGAUUCAGAUCCUACAGCUUCAGCUUUUGUUAACUUUUUAAAGUAUAACUGAGACAUCCAGGAGCUCUGUCAGAGCUGUGGAGGAAGAUAUGUUGUUCUCAACAUUAAGGACCAGCAGCAGAUCCCAGAGCUGUUGGAUGCUGUGGAAGAAAUGAAACUGAGACCCAAUCAAGAUGAAACAUGCAGCUACACUAGAGAAACAUAUGCAUAUGUCCAAAUACAAAAGAUCAUAAAACAAGACAAACACAUCAGCACACUGCAGGCUGAACUGAAGGACCUGAAAACAAAAAGCAUGGUCAGCUGUGAUGAUGAGGAGCAGAGCCCAGAGUGUCUCAGGAUUGUGCUGAUAGGGAAGACUGGCAGUGGAAAGAGUUCUUCAGGAAACACCAUCCUAGGAAGAGAAGAGUUUGAAGCUGAAUCAAGCCAAACAUCAGUCACCAAACGUUGUCAGAAAGCAGUGGGUGAGGUGGACGGUCGUCCUGUUGCUGUGGUCGACACUCCUGGUCUGUUUGACAAUAGUUUAACUCAUGAGGAAGUCACUGAAGAGAUGGUGAAAUGCAUCAGUCUUCUGGCUCCAGGACCACAUGUCUUCCUGUUGGUGUUACAAAUCGGCAGAUUUACACCAGAGGAGAAGGAGACAUUAAAACUCAUCAUGGAAGUCUUUGGGAAGAAUGCUAAGAAGUUCACCUUCAUUCUUUUAACUGGAGGAGAUAAACUGAAGCGUGAGAAGCGGACCAUUGAGCAGUACAUUGAAAAAAAAUGUGAUCAGUCAUUUAAGAAUAUGAUUACUGACUGUGGAGGAAGAUACCAUGUGUUUUAUAACUAUGAUGACGGCAACCUCAUGCAAGUCAGUGACCUGAUAACGAAGAUUGACACCAUGGUGAAGACAAAUGGAGGCAGCUGCUACACUAAUGAGAUCUUCAAAGAGGCCGAGGCAGCUAUAAAGAAAGAAGUGGAGAAAAUUCUAAAGGAGAAGGAAGAAGAGAUGAGGAUAGAGAGGGAGAAACUUCAAAGAAAACAUAAGGAAGAAAUGGAAGCAAUGAAAAGAAGAAUGGAAGAACAGAGAGCAGACAUUGAGAAAGAGAGAAAACUGAGAGGAAAACAACUCAAAGAAAUGGAGGAAAACAUCAACAAAGAACGUGAGGAGAGGAAGAAAGAACAGGAAAUGAGAGAAGAAGAAGACAGGAAGAGGAAACAACAGGAAGAAUUACAACAACAAGAGUGGGAACAAAAAGUUGAAGCUUUGGAGCAACAAAUAAGAUCAGAGUCGGAAUCAAAGGAAACUACUGACAGAAAGCUGGAGGAGAGCAGAGAAGAGAUGAAAAGAGAAAGAGAACAUGAGGAGAAGAAACAAAAAGAAUGGUGGGACAAACGAAAUCAAGAAAAUGAACAGAGACGACAGGAAGAGCAAACGAAACUGAAAAAACUUCAAGAUCAGUAUGAUCAGAUGAGAGAAAAGUAUGAAGAGAAAAGAAAUGAAGAGGACCGAAUCAGACAGGAGCAGGAGGAGAAGAAGCUGAAAGAGUUGGAGGAAAACUAUAAGACAAAACUGGAGGAAAUUAAGAAAAAGUACAAGGAGGAGGCCAGAAAUAAAGCUGAAGAGUUCAAUGAAUUCAGAGAGAGUAAAGAAAGGGACUUUGCAGCUAUGAUCGAAAAACACAUGAAAGAAGUCGAGGAUCUGAAGGAACAGCAGGAGAAAGACAUGCAAAAGAAGCAAGAGGAAUACGACAGGUUGAACGAUCUCUCAACCCACAAAGAAGAAAGUCUGAAACAAGCCAUGGAUAAACUACAGGACAAACACAAACAAGAAAUGGCCGACUUGAUACUGAUACUUUUGUCCCAAAAGAAAGAAAACAGGAGGAAAAUAAGGGCAAUGCAGGAAGCACACAAAAAAGAGGAGGAGAACCUUAAAAAAGAUCUUUUAGCCCAUAACAAAAGAAAAGAGAGGGAACAAAUGGAGAAACUGAGGAAAAAACAGAAACAAGAAAUGAAAGCCCUGGACAAGGAACUUUCAACCCAAACCAAAGACACUAAACACGUAAGACGGGAGACGCUGUCCAUCCAACAUGAGCAACAAAUUAUUGAUCUGAAAAUGGAAUUUCUGAUGCAACAGCAACAAAACCAGAAGGAACAGCUGAACAAAUUAAAGAAAGAACAUGAGCAAAAAUUGGAUGAAUUCAAACAGAAACUUCUGGAAGAAAACGAAAGAAAUGAGAAAGAAAAAAUAGAGGAACUGCAGAAGAAUCAUGAACAAGAAAUGGAGGCACUGAAGCAAGUUAAGAGCCCGGACAAAGACGAUCAGGAGGAAGAGCUGGAUGAACUGCAGAAAAAACACAAAAAAGAGAUGAAUGAGCUGAAAGAGAAACUUUUGACCCCACAGGAGCAACAGUCCUGCUGCAUCGCAUGAACAAUCGUAAUUAUUUCAAUGUCACACUAAUGCCAACCUGGGUCCUACGUUUUCAUUUUUUAGGCCCUCUAAGCAUUCAGACUUGUCACCAUCUUUGAUGUAUACAGUUUAUAUACAGUUACCAUGGAUACAGACGUUGUUGCCAUCUAUCACAAGUUCAGUGGAAGAGGUAGUGUUUUACCUUUUUUACCAAACUGUAAAGCUGUUUACCCAACAAAACACUUUUUUCCCCUUUGUAUUUGCAGGAUUUGACAGUGAUAGUCAGUCACGUUGGUUAAGCAUUUCUGAACUCUCGUUGACCAGAAAAAUAAUGCCAAAGUUCAACGCACAGCGCAGAAAAGACCCUCAGCACCUCGUCAUGCUGCUGCCAUUUGUUAAAGUGUAAAUAUGUGGUGCUCCCACUGCAAAAAUUACUGAGCUAUGCUGAAAACACUAAAAACGCUUGGUAGACAAAGCCUCUAGUUAAACUUGAUUUGAGCUAUGACUCACCAGGCAAUAUCUUUUUUGCCAUUGUCUUUAUAAUGUUGGGAUUGUGGGUCGUUUAGCUUGGGACAUUUCUUGACCUCAGCAACGAGUUUCUCCUCAUCUAAUCUUUGUCACCCACGAGACACAGCAACAGCUACAGAGUUCUAUUUAUACAUCCAUGCUAAAGAGAGAAGUCGAGCUGCUAAGUGAGCUUGUAAGUACAAGCAGGGAGCAAGUGGGGGAAAAUGCAUUUAAUUCUGGGGGCAGCAAGGCUGGAAAUAGGACUGUGGCAUAAAGCAUCGCAAGAUAGCGCGUCCAGGAGCGCCGACGUGUGUCUUGCACCGCCAGUGUGGGGUUGUACAUUAAAAAGAAUGUGCGUAUUUGGAUGUGGGGCAUUUGCUGACAGGGUGUUUUGGCCUUUAGUGUAGUGCCUCUUGGGUUUUGGGGUUACCUUUGCCAGUACUGGGUUUACUGUAAUAGAUUAUUUCCACAUGCAUAUUAAUUUUUCUUUUUGGACUGUUUGUUAGUAUUUUGUAUAUUUAGUUUGUUUUUUAUUUGUUUUUGUUUUUUGUUUUUUUUGUUGUUGAAUGUGGAUUUUUUUUUAAAUACAAACAUAAAAGGGUUAAGUUUACAAUUUAUUUUAACAGGUUAUUGUGUUAACUGUAAUAAAUAAUUUCCACACGCAUUUAAUUUUUCUUUUUAGAGAUGUUUGUUGGUAUUUUGUAUAUUUAGUUUUUUUGUUGUAUAUGGGUGUUUUUUUUUAUUUGUUUUUGUCAAUCAGUGAGAUGAUUUUACAUGUUUUUGGUGUUUUAACUUGGAAAUUUAUCAUUUUCAAACUAAACAAACUAAAUUGAAAAUAAAGUGACAAGAAUAUUCGUUUGUUUCAUAUCUCAGUGUGAGAUUCUGAUUCUUAUGUAUAACGUAUGGUUUGUGAUUUAUAGUCACUGGAGACAAAAAGUUCCACAACAAAAUGUUUUCUUGACCAACAGUGUCUUCGUUAACGAGCAUUAAACAUAUACAAUCACA